AUGGAUCGUCGUCACUGUCUUCACUACUUGAACGACGGUGACGAUUGUUUCUACUACGAGAGCGAGAGCGAGAUGACGAUCGAGAAGAUCGAGAAAACGAACGAGAAGAAGACGGAGAGCGGUGACGUUUUCUUCGAUUACGCGAGUAAGACGGAGAACGCGAACGUGCACGCGGACGCCCACGCUCCCCGUUUUCUACCACGAAAUGGAGAUGAUAUACGACUACGUCGAGUCGGUAAAUUACUGCGACUUCUUGAACGCGAUGAAGAGAUGGAACGCUGUCUCGGCGAUUCGGAACGACGUCUUGGCGAGCUGAAACGACGUCUUGGCGAGCCGGAACGACGUCUUGGUGAGCCGGAACGACGUCUUGGUGAGUUGGAACGACGUCUGGGUGAGUUGAAACGACGUCUUGGUGAGCCGGAACGACGGCCUGGUGAGUUGGAACGACGUCUUGGUGAGUUGGAACGACGUCUUGGUGAGUUGAAACGACGUCUUGAGUUGGAACGACGUCUUGGUGAGUUGAGACGACGUCUUGGUGAGCCGGAACGACGGCUACCUGAGUUGGAAGAACGUCUUGGUGAACGUCUCGGUGAGUUGAAACGACGUUUUGGAGAGUUAAAACGACGUCUUGGUGAAUCAGAAUGA